AGACCCAUUAUUGAUGGUGGUCAUCUUCUUCGUCAAUUAGAACAAUAUGUUCGUAAUGGUCAUUUGAAACCAACGACUCUAUUUUGUACAGCUGAUAUUACAAACUUGUAUACAAUGUUACCACAAGACGAGUCACUUAAAAUUCUCGAAGAAUUUCUUCUUGAAUAUCAUUAUGAGAAAGUUCAAGGCAUUUCAAUUCAAGUUAUUCUUCAAUUAGCUCAUAUUGUUCUCAAAGAAACUGCAUUUGUUGAUGGAAAUAAAUUCUAUCGACAAAUUAUUGGUGGUGCAAUGGGAUCACCGUUUACUUUAACAUUAGCCAACAUUUUCAUGUGGAAAUGGGAAAAAAAUGCCAUUUGUGGUACAUUAGAACCUCAUGAAAUCUAUGGCCGGUAUGUUAUUAUUAUUUAUUUAUCUUCUUCUUGUUCUAUUCGAAGAGAUCCAUCAUUUUUUUCCUUUAAUCAUUCUAGUUAUAUUGAUGAUAUCUUCUUUACUUUUAAUGAACCAAAGACAAAAAUCGAGGCAGUCAUCAAGAAAGCUAAUGACUUUCAUCCAAACAUAAAAUUGGAAGCUAAUAUUGGUAGUUGUGUUUCAUUUCUUGAUCUUCUCAUUGACAAUAAGAAUGGUGUUUUAUUCACAUCUGUCUAUCAUAAACCAGCAGCAGAACCCUGUGUUGUACCAUUUAUUUCUGAUCAUCCUCGUCAUGUAUUUUCCAAUAUUAUUCAAGCUAGUCUUCUUCGAGCUGUACGUUAUUCAACGACAUUGGACAUUUUUGAAAAGGAACGUUGUGCUAUUCGAUUGAUGUUGCUCUAUAAUGGAUAUCCAUCUAGGUAUAUUGAUACACAUUUCCGAAAAUUCUUUGAUAACUCAAUUUCACUAGUAUCAAUGAUACCAUUUAUGAAUAAUGAAGAACAAUUUUUAACCAAGAGAAAAAGCUUAUUAGCUCAACCAUCAGUGAAAGAACGAGAAACACAACACAGAAUAAAUAAAGCUCUUGGCUUAGACGGAGAGAUACAUCAAAAAAAUAUACAAGACAAAAAAACAACAAUCGCAAUAGUAUCCAAACAAACGAAACCCAAUUUAUUCACCAAUACCCUUUUUCUUCAUUAUACGCAUGAAAAAAGACUAUCUAGUGUAAAAAAUGAUAUACACAGGAUUUAUUCCGAAAUUUUUCAAGAUACACCAGCUAUGGAGAUACGGCUAAUUGUUGGAUAUCGAAAUCAUCGCAAUACUGGACAUGAACUAAUUCAAAAAAGACCACAUUCAUCAUUAUUGAAACCGACGCGACUUCCAAAUACAACAAAACAAAAGUCUGAAAGAUGGCAACAUGUUACCUGA